AUGUCCAUCACCUUGCCCUCUCAUGAAGUCUUUGUCCCCCUGACCCAUCCAGUGAUCGUUGGGCAUACAACUACCAACCAUCGAGCGAUCAGAGAGGAUGAGUCGAGCCCAGAAGCGUUGUGGCCAAAAUUGAAAGAAUUGGAAGAGUUGGCCGAGGAUCAUUGCAUCCAUCCUGGACUACAAGAUGUGCUGGAUCUAUUGGAUCCUACUGACUGUGUGGAUGAGGAAGAAGACGAUGGGGAGGAAGAUGAAGAUGAAGAGGGAUACGAGGAGGAGGACGAGGAUAAUGCUCAUCAAGCACAACCAUAA